AAAGAACAGACAGUGAGAGAGCAGACAGCUCCAUCCAUGCUGCUUUAGGAUUUGGGGAAUUUUCCAGGGAUUGUCAAAGCUCCAUAAAGCCAAGUUCCUUUUUGACUUCCGAGGAGCUGGGCGUGGGGUCUGGGAAGCCUGCAGAAAAACUCUUAGCCGUUCCCCUGCAAAUGUACUUGACUUCUCAAGCUGCAUUCCAGAGGACUUCACCCUAAGGACUUUUUUUUUCUUUUACAAAAAACCUGUUCUGGAGGCUGCGUGGGAGCCUGGCUGGAGGAAGGAACCGGCUCUGCCAGCCCCGGCGCCUGUGCUGGAGCCCGGCGAGCAAGGUCAGCCGGUGGCCGGCCACGUCCAUGGCCACGUCCCUGAUCAGGAAGGGGUUGCAGGCCCCCGGCUGGAGCAGGAGGGUGAGGAAGACUAUGCGAGAUGGAGGGCAGCUGCCGAGGCGUGCUGGCUGCGCUGGUCGUUCUGGCUGGGCUGGCAGCUUGUGGAUCCGGCAAUGAAAUCUUAGAGGGUCCCAGGAACGUCACGGUGGUGGAGGGCUCGGAGGCUCGCUUCAACUGCACCAUCUCCCAGGGCUGGAAGCUUAUCAUGUGGGCUCUGAAAGGCACGGUGGUUCUGAGCGUCACGCCCACCGAGCCCAUCAUCACCAACGACCGAUUCACGUCUGCAAGUUAUGAAGAGGGCGGUAACUUCAUCUCUGAAAUGAUCAUCCAUGACGUGCAGCUCAGUGAUGCCGGGCAGGUCAAAUGCAGCCUCCAGAACAGUGACCGGGAUGGAUCCGCUUUCCUUUCCGUCCAAGUCGUGGGGGUGCUGCUCAUUCCCGGAGGCAGCCUCUUAGUCCUUGCGGAAGAGCCUUGUAAUGUGACCUGCCGCGCUUUGGGCUGGACCCCACUCCCGGAUAUUUCCUGGGAGAUCGGGGCUCCCGUGAGCCAUUCGAGCUAUGACUCUGCCCCGGAGCCCGAUGACCUUCAAAGUGCAGUGAGUGUCCUGGCUCUCACACCCCUGGGCAGUGGCUCUGUGACUUGUGUCGCGGACAUGAAGGGGCUGCCCCUGCACGAGUCCGUAACUGUAAAUCUUACGGUGGUUCAGCCUCCCUUGGGCAGUAUUGAUAAACCAGGUACGUCCUUGCCUACCUGGGCCAUAGCUCUACUUGCAGUCUCACUGUCAUUGCUUUCCAUCCUGAUAAUUGUUCUGAUUAUAAUAUUCUGCUGCUGUUGUGCCUCCAGGAGAGAGAAAGAAGAGUCUAGUUAUCAAAGUCAAAUAAGGAAAUCUGCAAGUGUGAAGACAAACACAGAAACUUUUCAGACAAAAAGUGGAAAAGAAAACUAUGGCUACAGCUCAGACGAGCCAAGGACCACAACUUCUCUGCCUCCGAAGCGCUCCGAAUCCAGUGUUCCCGAGCAGCGCGGCAGCAGGCCACCUCACCAGGGACUGGAUCACCGCGGGCCGGGCCCAGCAAGUCGUCCACAGGUGUCCUUUAACGUGGCCAGUCCCAAGAAGGUCAGGAAUGCGACUUUGGUAUAGUACAGGCGUCGCUUUGGCUGCACGUGGCUCUUGGCUGGUGACCCGUGUUCCAUCAUCGCUGUCUGCCACCCUAAGGCUGGGCUCCAGCUGUGCCACCAUGACCCAGAAGAAGCGACGUUGGCAUUGUCUCAACAGAUACCUCAGAGGGAGAAAGGGCAUCCACUUUCCCAGCUUUUAAAGUGGAUUUUGACCUUUAGAACGUUUCAAGAUUUCAGUGCAUUUCGUAUUUACUGAGUACAAGCUGCAAAUUCAUUGCAAUCGUGUUUCCCAUCACGCAACACUCCUGCUUGCAACCCGACGACUGGUAGAUGAGUCUGUGUCCCACAGGACAUGUAAGAAGAUUUUAUUAUCUUAGGAGUUCCUGUUGUGGUGCAGCGGAAGCAAAUCCAACUAGGAACCAUGAGGUUGAGGGUUUGAUCCC